UCAAUCUUUACGUCCCCACAGUUGCUGCGCUCUGCUCAAGGUUACCCUGGGCGUGAUUGUGUGGACGUGCGUUCGGUAGUUGUGAGGAUAACUUAAAAAUGGAUAUCGACAAAGUGCGUUUAGAAAAGCUAGAGAAGUUCAAGGGCAUGAGCGAUCAAGUGCGUAUCGGCGGGAAGGGAACGGCUCGGCGUAAGAAAAAGGUUGUACAUAAGAACGCGGCUGCUGACGACAAAAAGCUUCAGAGUUCUCUGAAAAAGCUUAACCUGAACACCAUUCCUACUAUCGAAGAGGUUAAUAUGUACAAACCAGAUGGUACUAUGAUUCACUUUAAGAAUCCAAAAGUUCAGGCUGCUCCACAUGCUAACGUGUUCGCAGUGACUGGACAAGCAGAGUACAAAGCACUUAAUGACCUGUUUCCAAAUAUGCUGAACCAGUGGGAGACAGCAAAGUUGCGGUUAUCAAAAAUGAAUGAAGGCACGAAGUCAGCAGACUCAAAGGCGGAAGACGGAGAUGACGAUGAUGUACCAGAACUUGUGGAGGAUUUUGAUGAAAAAAGUCGCUUGGAAUAAAAUACUUCAUGUAUACUUUGAGUUAACGUGGCUGACCUGAUAACUUUUAUAAUGGAACAGAAUGUCAAAAUAUGGUUUGUAUUGUACAAUGUUUGGUUUCCUACUACUUCUCGCAGCUUUUAUUCUUCACUUUCUUCUUUUCAAUCGUGCGAUGCUACACUGUUUUACUAAUCUUCAUACUGUUAAGCACUAUACAUACCAAACACAGGGAUAGCUUAUUUCUGAGCAGCCCUAUCGUAUCAGUUAGAGUGAAUUUGUAUAGCUCAGUGAAUGAACAUGGAGUAAAUGAAGCUUUGAUCAC